AUGUAUAGUGUGCAGGUGCUGUUCGUGACCUUCAUUUUCAAUUUUGUGGCGCUGGCCGUCAAUCCUGAGCCGAGUUUUGCGGGGAGUUUGAACAGAGAGUUUUGGCUCUCGCUAGAGUUGGACCAAUUUGGCGAAGAUUUGGCAAGUGGACAAAUCUACCAGGGACUCGGGUCUUCCAGGGCGAAGUCCGCCAACACCAACCUCAGAGCGGAUAAACUCGUACUAAAUGGCAUAAAGACAUCGCUAAAGAUCUUCAAUUUUGUCGAUUCUGGAGAAUCUGUAGAGAGCAUCGAGGACCGCUUCCAAACUAGGCUCGCAGACGAUGUGCAGUUUUCCCCGGAAACUCUGGGCUCCAAGGCUAUCCAUUACUAUCUCUUGAAUGACCUUGGAAACUAUAGGUACCCAAAGGGCUCUGUUCCUGCCUAG